GAGAUGUGGGAGGCAGGAAUUAACAGAAAACAAUGUUUGGCAAUUCAUCCAUCAAAACCAAAUGCAAUUAUUAACGACUCCACUCGAGCUUUUCCGAUCCAAUUCUCAAUAUAACAAACAAAACAAAAAAACGGCUCCAAUUUCAAGAAACAAGGGUUAAAAAUCCAACACCGCACUCUCUCUGAGCCGUUAAAAAACACCGUCAUCGUCUCUCUCACACACCCCGAUGCAGUUCUUCUGAAAUUCACGCACCCAACACAGCAUGGACCCUUUCCACCAUCGCCGCCGCCACCGCCGCCGCACCUGGUGCUGCUCCUUCGCAGUCCCUCCCUCCAGUCCCGACAACAUCGCCGCUUCCAAACCUCUUCCCCCUCGCAAGCCCGAACCCAACUCCAAACCCACUUUCUCCCUCCCGACCUCCCCCAAAUCCCGCAUCCCCGCUCGAAUCGACCCUCGCCGUAUCCUCUCUCCGGGAAGAGUCUCCCCCAUUGACUCCGAUCCCGUAGCCGCUACCUCCGCUCCCUCCCCCUCUCCGGAACCGCCGCUUCCACGAUCUCCGGCACCGGUAGCCGGCGAUAGGGAUGUGAGGAUGAGUCUGAGAGGGAAGAACGGCGGUUGCAUGGUUCUGGAGGUGAACUCCGGGGUUUUGUGCGCGAAUUCCGAAGUGUUCGCGGGGUUGAUAGAGGAUUACAAGAAAGGGGCUGCGUCUUGGAGUGGGAGUAACAAAAUGUGUAGAAUAGAGGUUCCUGAAGUUGAGAACUUGGGCGUGUUCAGAGAGACAAUUGAGCUCAUGUUUGAAAACGACGAUUGCCUCACCAAACGACUUCUUAACAUCGGCGUUUUUCGAUGCAUUGACGUUUUGGAGGUUUCAGCAGGCAUCAUGUUCACCAAGGGUGUUUUGUCGUGUUUGCAAUAUCUCGAAGCUGUGCCUUGGACCGAAGAAGAAGAAGAAAAAUUGAGAAGCCUAUUCACAAGAUUUAAGUUUGAUGAAGCAACAACGAGAGACAUCCUAGGAAGGCUUUACUUGCACGAGUCAGCAGAUUGCUCUAACCAGUCAAAUGUAGCAAGACAGCUUGUCUGGUCUAUCAUAACUUGUGUGGAUGUCAAUGCUAGAAAUGAACUAAAAUCACUGGUGAAGGGUCUUCUUUGCAAAAGCUCGGUGUAUGAGAAGAAUCAUCUUGACCUCAACAAAGACGAACUGUAUUCUGUUGGCCACGCAUGUUUGGACUCACUGUUAAGCCUCUUUGAGGAGGCAUCAGAUACCAUCCCCUCUGAAAACUUAACAAAGAAAGAUAAGAAUAAGCCACUAAUUGAACGCAUCUCAAGGCAGGUUGAUAACAUCAAUUGGUUGUUGGAAAUCAUGCUUGAUGGGCAAAUAGCAGAGGACUUUGUGAACAUAUGGGCAGAUCAGCACCAACUUGUUAAAAUGCAUGAUAGUGCAUCCCCAAUGAUUAGAUAUGAACUAAGUCUUAUUUCUUAG